CAGCUUAUCGAGUAGGCUAGUUUGCCAUAGCCGAAAUGAGGAGCAAGGUUUUCAUUUCAGUUUCUCACCACUAGGAUUGCUGAUCUAGGGCACAAAAUUAUAGCGUCUGAACUUUUAAUUUGAGCUACGAUGUCUUCUCGGCAUGAUAGUCGACACACAGACGGCAGUGGAGGAUCUUUACCGUACGAUGAGUUCGAAGAUCGAGAUUUUCAUUUGAAGCACAACAGUCGUGGAGAUAAUGAAAGGUUAAGGACCACAGAUCCCGAUAGGGGAAAGGACAGAGACCGACGCCACAGGGACUACUCGGAGAGAAGUGGCAGGGAUGAGAGAGGAAGGGGGAGAAAUGACGAUAAUGGCCGUGGAAAUCGUGAUUAUAGCAGGCGCCAUGAUUAUGAUCGAGAUAGAGAGAGACAUCAUAGACACAGAUCACGGUCUGCAUCACCUGAUAGAUCCAGGGACACAUCAAGAUCUCGCUCAAAAAGCAAGAGGACAAGCGGUUUUGACAUGGCACCACCUACUGCUGCAACUUUGCCUGGUGCAGCUGGGCAAUUUUCAGAUGUUCCUCAAUCAAUGCCGGGAAUGUUGCAAAAUAUGUUUCCUUUUGGUACAACACAGUUGGGAGCUCUUCCCUUGAUGCCAGCUCAAGCAAUGACACAACAGGCUACAAGGCAUGCACGACGAGUUUACGUUGGUGGUCUGCCCCCAUUGGCUAACGAACAGACAAUAGCAGCUUUCUUUAGCCAUAUUAUGACAGCAAUAGGUGGAAAUUCUGCUGGGCCAGCAGGCGAUGCGGUGGUCAAUGUGUACAUAAAUCAUGAAAAGAAGUUUGCGUUCGUGGAGAUGAGGACGGUUGAAGAAGCAAGUAAUGCAAUGGCACUGGACGGGAUCAUUUUUGAGGGUGUAUCUGUGAGAGUUCGAAGACCUACGGACUACAAUCCUUCAUUAGCUGCAGUUCUUGGUCCUAGCCAACCAAAUCCAAAUCUUAAUUUAGCUGCUGCUGGGCUUGCUCCUGGCGGCAUCGGUGGAGCUGAAGGACCUGACCGUGUAUUUGUUGGAGGACUGCCAUAUUACUUUACGGAAGUACAGAUAAGAGAGUUGCUAGAAUCAUUUGGACCUCUGCGUGGAUUUGACCUUGUUAAGGACAGAGACACAGGAAACUCCAAAGGAUAUGGCUUCUGUGUCUAUGAGGAUCAAGCGGUUACAGAUGUUGCCUGUGCUGCAUUAAAUGGGUUGAAAAUGGGUGAUAAAACAUUGACAGUCAGGCGUGCUACCAUCAGCAGCGGACAGAUGAAAUCAGAACAAGAUACCAUAUUAGCUCAGGCCCAGCAGCAUAUAGCUAUGCAGAAAAUGGCCUUGCAGAUUGGUGGGUUUAAUCUUCCUGGAGCAGGACCUCACGAGGUUCCAACUAAAAUUUUGUGCUUAACUGAGGUGAUCACUGCCAAUGACCUGAUGGAUGAUGGAGAAUAUGAAGAAAUACUAGAGGACAUGAGGGAAGAAGGAAGAAAGUUUGGGAAUUUAACAAAUGUUGUGAUUCCACGUCCGAAUCCAAGUGGAGAUCAAGUUCAAGGUCUUGGGAAGGUGUUCCUGGAGUAUGCGGAUACGAAUGGUUGUGCUAAAGCAAAGGACUCUUUGGGGGGGCGGAAGUUUGGGGGAAAUGUGGUGACGGCGGUGUAUUACCCUGAAGACAAAUAUUUGGAGCAUGACUAUGGGGCUUAGACGUAUGGCUUUUUCUUCAUUAUUUAAAAAGGUAAACUACUUGGUUAAUGUUAUUGACAACAUAGGUUUUCAUGUAUGUGUAAAAUCAUAUAUAUGUAUUUGGAAUUAGUUGUUGUUUCAAUGAAAGUUUUUGCUUAAUGAAAUUCAUAAAGCCCUGGGAAAACCAGUUAAGGCUUGGAUCU